GCAUUAAGCCAGGAUCUUCAGGAUAUUAACCCUAAAAGAUCAGUUUCCUAGUGACAAGUGGACUCCCCUGCCUAAGUCUGGACCUGCUCGCUUCUCUUCGAAAACCACGCGUGGAGGAAAAGAUGGACUGGCAAGCCCUGCAAGUUUCAGAUGGGCCUAAACUUCGCACCAUUUACCUCAACCAACCCGACAUGAAUGCUUUCUGCAAAAAUGGCAUCAGCACAGCCAAGUACAGCAUGUGGUCAUUUCUCCCUCGAUAUUUGUACCUGCAGUUUAGCAAAACUGCCAAUGCUUUUUUCCUGUUCAUUUCUAUAUUACAGCAAAUUCCAGGUAUAUCUCCAACAGGAAAAUAUACAACUCUGUGUCCAUUGCUGAUUAUUCUUGCGAUUUCAGCCAUCAAAGAGAUCAUAGAAGAUUAUAAUCGACAUCUUGCAGACAGAUUAAUUAACACAAAGAGCACAGUAGUGUUAAGACAGGAGACAUGGCAAAGUAUUAUGUGGGAAGAGGUAAAGGUGGGUGACAUUGUGAAGAGCACAGAUGAGCAGCUCAUGCCUGCAGACAUGGUUCUUAUUUCUUCCAGUGAACCUCAUGUUACAUGUUAUAUUGCAACAUCUAAUCUAGAUGGAGAAACAAAUCUAAAAAUACGACAGGCUUUGCUAGAAACAGCUAAAAUGCAAACAGAAAAAGAAUUGUCAGAACUAUCUGGAAAAAUAGAAUGUGAAGGACCAAAUUGCCAUUUUAAUAGCUUCAUUGGAACCUUGCACCUCAAUGAUGAAAGUAUGAUUCCAAUUGGACCUGACCAGAUCUUGCUAAGAGGUACACAGCUGAAAAAUACUCAGUGGAUCAUUGGCAUAGUUAUUUAUACUGGAUCAGAAACCAAAAUCAUGCAGAACUUGGUCACAUCACCUCUCAAGAGAUCAGAAGUUGAUAAAGUGACCAACGUGCAGAUUCUGUUGUUGUUUCUGAUGCUCUUGGUCAUGUCCUUGGUAAGCUGUCUGGGAGCCUUGGUCUGGAAUGACAAGUAUGGAGAAAACAUUUGGUACUUGAAAAAUAAGGAUUCCAAGCCUAGCAGCUUUGGGUAUGACCUGCUUGUGUUCAUCAUCUUAUACCACAACCUCAUCCCCAUUAGCCUACUGGUCACAUUGGAAAUUGUGAAAUAUAUUCAGGCCCUGUUUAUAAACUGGGAUGAAGAUAUGCAUUAUAAAGAAAAAGAUCUUUAUGCGAUGGCCAGAACAUCCACUCUGAAUGAAGAACUUGGGCAGGUAAAGUAUUUAUUUUCUGAUAAAACAGGAACCCUCACUUGCAAUAUUAUGACAUUUAAGAAGUGUAGCAUUGCAGGUGUAAUAUAUGGAAAUCAGUCAGACACAAAUGAUGAUAGUACAGAAAAUUUAGGCCAGUUUCCUUCUCCCGUCACACCUUCCUUUGAGUUUAAUGACCCAACAUUGUUGAUGAACCUUGAGAAUAACCAUCCCACUAAAGAAUACAUCGUGGAAUUCCUCACCUUGUUAAGUGUGUGCCACACAGUUGUUCCAGAGAGACAUGGAAAGGACAUCAUCUACCAGGCGUCCUCACCAGAUGAAGCAGCAUUAGUAAAAGGAGCUAAGAAACUUGGCUUUGUUUUCAAAACAAGAAUGCCAUACUCUGUCACCAUAGAAGCUAUGGGAGAAGAAUUCACAUUUGAAAUCCUUAAUGUACUGGAGUUUUCUAGUAACAGAAAAAGGAUGUCUGUAAUUGUCCGAACUCCAAUGGGAAAACUUAAGCUUUACUGCAAAGGGGCUGAUACAGUGAUUUAUGAAAGACUUUCUGAAAAUUCCCUCUUUAUGCAAGAGACAUUAGUACAUAUGGAACAUUUUGCCAAAGAAGGCCUGCGAACUCUCUGUAUUGCCUAUGCUGAUUUAAAAGAGCUAGAAUAUCAGGAGUGGUUGAUGAAAUAUAAACGUGCUAGUACAGUUAUGCUUGACAGAACUGAAAAUUUGGAAGAAUGUUAUGAUAGUAUUGAAAAGGAAUUUUUGCUGCUUGGAGCCACAGCUAUUGAAGAUCGCCUUCAAAAUGGUGUUCCAGAAACCAUAACAUCUUUAUUGAAUGCAAACAUAAAGAUCUGGGUCUUGACGGGAGAUAAACCAGAAACUGCAAUCAACAUAGCAUUUGCCUGCAAACUGCUAUCAAGUCAAAUGCCUCGUAUUCUAUUGAAUACAAAUUCAUUAGAGGCAACACAGCAAGCCAUUAAUCAGAACUGUCAAGAUCUUGGGACCUUUUUAGGUAAAGAAAAUGACUUGGCCCUAAUUAUUGAUGGUGAAACACUGAACUAUGCCCUUGAUUCAGAAAUUAAGAGGAAAUUUCUCAGUUUGGCCCUAUCAUGUAAAGCAGUAUUGUGCUGUAGGGUGUCUCCCCUGCAGAAGGCUGAAAUAGUGAGUUUGGUUAAGAAGCAUGUACAUGCCAUCACCCUUGCCAUUGGGGACGGUGCAAAUGAUGUAGGGAUGAUCCAGACGGCACACGUUGGUGUGGGAAUCAGUGGGAAUGAAGGCAUGCAGGCCACCAACAACUCUGAUUAUGCCAUCGCACAGUUUAGCUACUUGGAGAAGCUUCUGUUGGUGCACGGGGUUUGGAAUUAUUUUCGAGUGACCAAAUGUAUAUUAUAUUGCUUCUACAAGAAUGUCGUGUUAUAUGUUAUUGAGCUUUGGUUUGCUUUCAUUAAUGGAUUUUCUGGGCAAAUUAUAUAUGAACGUUGGUGCAUCAGUUUGUACAAUGUGAUUUUCACUUCGUUGCCUCCUUUAACUCUGGGAAUCUUUGAACAGUGUUGCAGUCAGGAGAGUCUGCUUCGGUAUCCACAGCUCUACACAAUUUCUCAGGCAGCAGAAAUUUUCAGCACACAGGUGUUUUGGUUUCAGUGUGUGCACGCUUUGAUCCACUCCUUCAUUCUCUUCUGGAUGACCUCAAAAAUGCUGGAGCACGAUAUGGUUUUACAAGGUGGGCACACAACAAGCUAUUUGUUCCUUGGAAAUUUUAUCUAUACGUAUGUAGUCGUUACUGUUUGUCUGAAAGCUGGCCUGGACACAUUAUCAUGGAAUAAACUUAGUCAUUUGGCGAUUUGGGGAAGCAUUGCAAUUUGGCUGGUGUUUUUUACAAUUUACUCAUAUUUCUGGCCCACUAUUCCCAUUGCUCCAGAAAUGACAAGGCAGGCCAAUAUGGUCAUGAUUUGUCCACACUUCUGGCUUGGCUUUUUCAUGAUCCCCACUGCAUGCCUGAUUCAGAAUGUAAUGUGGAAAUUGAUUCAAAAUACCUACAAAAAGUCUUUUCUAGAGGAAAUUCGCGAGAUGGAAAGCAGGAGAACACGAGAUCUUAGUGCUCCUCAAGUGUUAACAAAGAGGAUGGAAGGGAGUCUCCCAAAUAGCCUAAGCAGUCAGCCCUGUGAAAUCGUCUUCCAGGAUGAUUCUGUUCAGCAAAACACCCCAUAUGGGUAUUCAUUCUCUCAGAUAGAAGGAACUAAGAUCACUCAGGAAGAGCUCAUCCGUUGCUACGACACAAGUAAAAACCAGAGCAAGAAGCACUCAAACAUAGACCAUUUAGAUGUCAUCUAUGAGUAAGGCUUAGAGCCCUGUAUCCUGUGUUCACUCUCCCUGAGGUGACAACUCUGAAUAGGCAGCUCUGGGCAGCUCUUUCUGUGUGCCAGGGGCCAUGCUCUUAAGUAUAAUGUGGGAACCUUACUUGCCUUUUCAUUAUUUGGCUUCAAUGUUUUGUUUUACUCUACUUUUAACCUUUUUGAUUGUGAGAUGAUUUAUUAGUUCAGUUUUAAUUGUAAAAUUAAAAGCAUAUGUUUUACCACAA